AUGAAGAAGCGUGAUCGAGAUUCCCCGCCGUCGUCAGAUACUUCCUCCGAUUUCGCUCCCAGCGAAGUUGCCCUUCACGCCCUGUAUCAACAUGACAAGUGGGGAUUUCCCAGGGGAUACGGAUUUUAUCCUUCCGACGAAGACCUGCUGCAUUUUCUUCACGAACUCAGCAAUGGCGUCAAUUUUGAGAUCACCGCUUGCCCAAUCAACCAUAUUUGCAAUGUUUACGCCUUAACACCAGAAGUCCUGGCUUCUAGGUACACACAAGGAAACCGUGACUCAUACUUCUUCCUGUCAAAGAAGAAGUAUGCGUCCUGGGCCCAAAAUCGUGUUGUGUCAACAAAAGAAGGCUAUUGGAGAAAAAAGAAACCGAUGAACAAAAUUAGGGUUCAUGAUCGUGUUUUGGGAAACAAGAUUACUCUAGAAUAUUAUCAAGGGUCUCAGCAGAAAACCAGCUGGUUGAUAGAAGAGUAUUCUAAGAUCAAUAUAAAAGAGAAGAUUCAGAAUAUUAUAUGUAGACUAUACAAAACUGUAAAAGAGACGUUACCUCCAAAUGAGAAAAAGCAAAUGACUGGCCAAGAUAUUACACAGGGUUCCUUAGGUGCUGCGAAUAUUGAUUCAUUUCCUCAGCAUCUCUCCGAAGCUCAGUACAAUGCUGGUCAACCACGCAGUUCGUUAAUGCCUCAGACCCAACAAUUUAGAGAGGGAUUAACUGGAGCUUUCACUAUUGGUUCACGCACUCAGUACGAGACUGGAGAGACUAGUGCUGUUCAACCACGCAGGGAUUUUCUUCCUCAGAGCCAAGUGAUUGGAGAGGGUUCCUUAGGUGCUGCGAAUAUUGAUUCAUUUCCUCAGCAUCUCUCCGAAGCUCAGUACAAUGCUGGUCAACCACGCAGUUCGUUAAUGCCUCAGACCCAACAAUUUAGAGAGGGUUUAACUGGAGCUUACACUAUUGGUUCACGCACUCAGUACGAGACUGGAGAGUCUAGUGUUGUUCAACCACGCAGGGAUUUUCUUCCUCAGAGCCAAGUGAUUGGAGAGAUGCUUUCAAUAUUGAUUCACUUCCUCAGCAUCUCUCCGAAGCUCAGUACAAUGCGUCAACCACGCAGUUCGUUAAUGCCUCAGACCCAACACUUUAGAGAGGGAUUAACUGGAGCUGUCACUAUUGGUUCACUUACUCAGUACGACUGGAGAAACUAG